AUGUCGUUCUACGCCGCUCCUAAUCAGCAGCGCCACCUGCGCGCUUGCAUGGUCUGCUCUAUCGUUCAAUCUCACACAAAAUUCCAGCGCGAUGGCUGUCCGAACUGCGAAACCUCCCUCCAGCUGCGUGGAAACUCCGACGCGAUUCAAGAAUGCACAUCUCAGGUCUUUGAGGGGCUGAUCGCUGUUCGCGAUCCGACCGUCAGCUGGGUGGCCCGCUGGCAGCGGUUGGAUAACUAUGUGCCGGGAACAUAUGCGACCAAGGUGACAGGAACUCUUCCGGAUUACAUUAUUGGUAGCUUGGAGGACUCUGGUGUCAAAUAUGUUCCUCGUGAUGGAACCACCGGCGAGGAGGAUACUUGAGCGUCUACCC